UCUGUCUCUCACUGUCUCACUCUCUCUGUCUGUCUCUCCAGGAGGAUGUCAGACGGUCUGUUUCUUAGAAAGUGUCGUGAGGUAGCAGAGAACUACAAAGACAUAAAGUUCACAGAGAUGUAUCUGGACACCGUGUGUCUCAACAUGGUUCAGGACCCGACCCAGUUUGACGUCCUGGUGAUGCCCAACCUGUACGGAGACAUCCUCAGUGACCUGUGUGCUGGUCUCAUUGGAGGACUCGGUGUGACUCCCAGUGGGAACAUCGGAGCCAACGGAGUCGCCAUCUUUGAAUCGGUCCACGGUACCGCCCCCGACAUCGCCGGGCUGGACCUCGCCAACCCGACCGCUCUGCUGCUCAGCGCCGUCAUGAUGCUGCGUCACAUGGGUCACCAUGACUACGGAAACAAGAUCCAGACGGCCUGCUUCGACACCAUCAGAGACAAGAAGGUGCUGACUGGAGAUCUGGGAGGAAACUCCAAGUGUUCUGAGUUUACAGCUGAAAUCUGCCGUCGCAUCCAGGACCUGGACUAAAGACCUAGACUCAAGACCUGCACCCCCCCCCGGUCUCUCCCCCCCGCUGACUGGCUCCACUUCUCUGGAGCUGCAUAGACUCAGUCUGAGCUUCUGGUUUUUCUGUAUCUACAUAAAGAAUCUCUAUAUUGGGUGGGUCUUAAGACGUGGGCGGGGCUUGUUUUGCAGCUACCUGACUAGUUAACAGGAUGAAACAUUCACAGCUAAGAUGUGCACAAAUGUCACAUGACCAAGAGUCUUCAUAGUAACAGCUUUUGUUUAUUCAGAUAUUUGCUAUUUUUUUAACGGUAAUCUGGUGAAAACCGUAAUUUAUUUAUUGUUUUUCUGUUUGUCUUCUGCUGCUCUUUAAUAUCAGAAAUAUAUAAAAACAUUCUCAUUAAAAAGACUGUUUGACAACAACCAACACA